AUGGUUUUGACUGAAGAAGCGACCAAGAUGUCUCGUACCGACGAGGUGCACCGUAUAACGGAGAAUGUCUACAAGUCCAUCAUGGAACAGUUCAACCCCUGCUUGAGAAACUUUGUUGCCAUGGCGAAGACUUACGAGAAAGCCCUGUCCAGUGUGACUUUUGCGGCAAAGGGCUACUUCGACGCUCUGGUGCGGAUGGGCGAGCUGGCCAGCGAGAGUCACGCCUCUAAGGAUCUUGAAGAGGCAGCAUGGGACGUGCUCUUUCAGAUGGCAGAGGUUCACCGGCAGAUCCAGAUGCAGCUGGAGAACAUGUUAAAGUCUUUCCACAAUGAGCUUUUAACAGAGCUGGAGAAGAAAGUGGAACUGGAUGCACGUUACCUCAACGCAGCGCUGAAAAAGUACCAGAUGGAACAUAAGAGCAAGGGUGAGAGUCUGGAGAAAUGCCAAGCUGAGCUGAAAAAGCUGCGACGGAAAAGCCAGAGCAGCAGAAGUGCUUCCAAACACGGAGACAAGGAGAUGCAGUAUGUGGAGACCAUCAGCAAUAAGCAGGCGGAGCUGGACAGCUACGUCGCCGAUUGCUACAGGGCGGCGCUGUCUGAGGAGCGGAGGAGGUACUGUUUCCUCGUUGACCGCCAGUGUGCCGUGGCCAAGAACAGCAACGCCUACCACAGCAAGGGUAAAGAACUGCUCUCACAGAAGAUCCCAGCGUGGCAGCAUGUGUGUGCUGACCCAAACAAACUGCCUGACCGGGCCCUGCUCAUAGCCCAGCAGAUGGGCUCUGGAGCAGGGGGAACGAUGAGCCACUCCGCUCUCCACGCCAAGCCCAUCUCUGAGCCCCUGCCUGGGACUGUUGUCAUGGGCCAGCAGGUGAGGAUGAUGGGAGCAGAAAGUAUGGUGCUGAUGAACGGCACUGCGGGGGCACAUGGACAAGAGGACUACCAACACUGGGUGGAGAGCAAGACCUCACACAGCAAAGCUGCCUCACCACAGACUUACUCCAACACCCUGCCUGUCCGCAGGGUCGCACCUGUCAAAGCCAAGACUCCCCUGGCAGAGACCCAGACGUUGCCCAGGUCGAGCUCCAUGACGGCGGGGUUGGAGAGGAAUGGGCGGACCCGCGUGCAGGCCAUCUUCUCCCAUGCCGCAGGGGACAACAGCACCCUGCUCAGUUUCACUGAGGGUGACAUCAUAACCUUGCUGGUGCCGGAGGCACGAGACGGAUGGCACUACGGCGAGAACGAGAAGAACAGGAUGCGUGGCUGGUUUCCUUUUUCCUACACCCGAGUGAUCUCCGAAAAUGACACUGAUAAACUCCAUGUCAGUCUGCAACAUGGAAGAAGCAGCAGCACAGGGAAUCUUCUGGAACAGGACAGCAUGGCUCUGCCUGUGUCUGACUAUGGCAUGUCUGCUCGCAUGUUAUCACGCAGCGCAGCACAGGCCCAGCAGCGUCCCUACAGCAUUGCAGUGCCAGGCUUCCCGCAGCAGGGCAUGGAGGGCUAUGAGUCACGCUUCCCAACAAGAGACAAAAGCGGUAAGCUGGCAUUGACUGGGAGUUGCCAGUGCAUCUUCUUUCUGCACUAGAGU